CAGCGGCACUACUCUCAUUCUCACUGCAGACUUUCCGUUCAGUUGCAGCCAACUGUUCGCCACUAAACAAAUCUUUUUUCGGAUCAAAAUAGGCUUUCAAGAGGCUCAACGCCCAACAAUUCGCCACAUUGUAGCAAGCAGGCAGCGAGAUAAGAAGAUACAUCGAUUUAUCGAUACAGUGUAACGUUAUUUUAUCUCUCGCUUCAGAACCAGUCUCGAUACAACUCCGGAACGACAAAUCUCAAACAUGAAGAAAUGUUCGGCGUGGUCGCUCUUUCUAGUGGUUUCGCUGCUAACUGUGAAAGCUCUGUCCCAGAAGUCAGAUGGCUUUGCCCUGUCUGAUGCCUUGGAUGACAUCUCUUUAGCAACAGCCACCCCUAAACCAGUAGAAGGGACAGGGGCAGAUGAUGAGAUCACCCCCACCAAGCCUCCUCCUAAAGCUCCAGCCACUAAGGCCCCGUCACACAAGCCCAAGCCACGUGGAUCUUUCUCAGAUGAUGAUCUGCUUGACGUUGGGAAAAACGACCCCUACAACCCUGACAAAGGCAAAGGUGGACAUGGUGGAGGCCAGUCUGCCGCCGAUGACAACAACCUUGACACCAUGGCUGAGACCGGAACCAUCGCCGGGAUCAUCAGUGCCAUUGGCUUGGCGCUGGUCGGCGCGGUCACCAGCUACGUCUCCUACCAGAAGAAGAAGCUCUGCUUCAGCAUACAGCAGAGCCUAAAUGCAGACCUGGUGAAGACUGAUAACCCAGAUGCUGUGGUGGCCACAGAACCACAAGUUCAACAGACUCUUCUGGAGCCCCCCAACGCUGAGCCUCCUAGUCAGGAUAACACUGUCUAAUAUCCCACCCGUUCGUCCGGCCUCGUCCCCCAACCUACACACACACCUGCACACACACGAAGAGGGUGUGACAACACACACUUACACUCCCUCACAUUGGGGAAUAUCCCCCCCCCCACCUCAUACGCCAACACACACUCACCACUUUUGAAGGAUAGUUCCAUCCCCGUUAUACCGUAAGAAUUGUAGAUAGAUGGUGAUCAGCAAACUCUGUCUGAAAUGUAGAGUUCCACGUCAUUCUAGAAUCUUAAUGUCAUUCUAGAGUGGGAAUGGUAUUGUGACAUCACUAUGGUUCGCCGACCUCUGUAGACCUACCCCCGCCACACUGUGUGUACAUAUCAUUUAAUUUAUUUUAACUGUUUUAAACGCCACUAAUAUGCCUGUUUACAAUUUGAUUAUGAAGGAAUGGUAGCCUAAUCCUAGAUCAGUUUUUAUUUGACAAUGAUUGUCAGAGGAUUUGCUAUACUUAAGCACAUACAGAUACUGGACCAGGCUUUCAUCUUGGUAUUUCCUGAAAGAUAGUAUGGUACAUAGUAUAACCCACAUACUUUCCCCCUAACUCUGUUAUCCAAUCAAAAAUCUUAACCAAAUAAUGACUCCCCCAUUCCCCCCUAGUACAUAUAGCCCCCUCAUUCCCCCCUAGUACAUAAAGCCCCCUCAUUCCCCCCUAGUACAUAUAGCCCCCUCAUUCCCCCCUAGUACAUAUAGCCCCCUCAUUCCCCCUAGUACAUAUAGCCCCCUCAUUCCCCCUAGUACAUAUAAC